AUGGGGUGUGUGCUUGUGCUGCAGUCUGCUGGUGUCACCCCUGAGCAUCAAGAUCAGAGACAGAUUAUUGCCGUGAACUCGGAUGUGUCUGGUUUGUCUGCGGCUGGUAAUGAAAGAGUAAAGGAGGUUGCCUUGUUGGGGAUUGAAAAUCUCGCAGAUGUGCAGAUUCAUGAUCUGUUUGAAUGUCGCAAGUGCAACAUGAGUUUUGAAGAGAAGGAUCCAUACUUGCAGCACCUGUUGUCGGUUCACCAGAGGACUACAAGGCGAUACCGGCUUGGUUCAUCUGUUGGAGAUGGAGUUAUAAUUAAAGAUGGGAAGUUUGAGUGCCAGUUCUGCCAUAAGGUGUUUCUGGAAAGGCGUCGCUACAAUGGUCAUGUGGGAAUCCAUGUUAGGAAUUAUGUGAGGAGGGUCGAAGAUUCACCAGUUCAGGCAAAUAUCCAGAGGACAGAAGACACGUCUCCAGUCAAGGAGGAUGUGCCUUUAAGAAUAUCUAAGAUGGAUGCCCUCAUUGAAAUUGCCCAAAACUCUAUUAUGGAGGAUUCUGUCACGGAACCCCAUCAUUCACUUAAACUGAAUGUGAUUCCUGCCCCAGACAUUUCUGUUGGUGGCUUGGAUCAGGACGGAAACUCAGAGUCUCCAACCAGUGAAAAGCAGAUGGAAGAUCCCGUGGCUGAAAAAAAUGGGGAUCAUGAUAUGGAUGGAAAAGUAGAGGAAAUUGAUGAUGGUGAUGAUGAUAACCAUGUGAUAGAUGUAAAAAUGGUUACUUUUCUGGAUAACAUGGGUUUGUUAUCUGUAAAUAAGCAAGAUGUUAAAGCAUCUGAAACUUCUGACUUAAAAGAGGAUGUAGAAUUGACUAUCGAGGAACUGGAUCAAUCUGGGAUUGAUUUAGAUUGUGUUUCUGAAAUCCGUUUACUUCCUUUAUCUGAACAGAACAUGAUACCGGAAUUAGAAAAGAGUGAAAAUUCUGGAUGUUCUAAUACUAAGGUUCGGUUUAAACUUGAUGAAGACGUUAGUAACAAGAGUGAGUUGAAAUUUGGUUUAAAUGGCUUGAAGGAUGUACCAGUUACUGUUAGCACUAAUGUCCAAGAGAUGGUAAUGGCAGCGUCUGAAGAAAAUGUGGUACAUUCUAGGGUUUUUAACUCCUCUAUAUCCACAGAACAAUCUUUGGAUUGUUUACCUGCAUUCGGCUCUGAUAAGGGAGGAAAAGUGUUAUGCAGUCUUGACCAUGAACAUGAUAAUGUGAAGGGUUUCCAGGAAUUGAGGUUUGAUGAAUUAGAUACUGUUGAUUAUGAUUUUGCAAGGGUUCAAGAUUCUUCUUCUCUGCCUGCGGUACCAACUGAAUUGGCUAAUAACACAGUGAUGGAACAGACGUACGCAUCCUCAGUUCAGUUUGAAUCACAGGAGAAUAUGCUGAAUAUUGGCGGCAGAAAUCAGCUUACAACUAUGUGUGUAUGGUGUGGAAUAGAGUUUAAACAUGAUGCUGUUAAUUCUGAAAUACAACCAGAUUCUGUUGGAUUCAUGUGUCCAGCUUGUAAAGCAAAAAUCUCUGGUCAAAUCAACGUGUUGGACUGUGGAUCGCCAAAUGCUGGUUGUCUAUAG